UGUGGAUGUGAUAUGACCAUAAGGCGCACUUUCACAGCUAUCAACCAUUGCUUUCCUGACCAUGCCGUCGGCGCCUCUAUCGCUUCCACUUCGUUUUCCUUUAUCCACACCUUUGUCGUCGAUGGCUUCAAAUUCAUCUUUUUCACUUCUAACGACUCAUAUAGCUCCUCCUGUAGAAACAAUGGGGACCUUCCUCAUAUCGUCCUUCCCUACCUCUUCCUCGAAAAGUCCCUCGCCCUCACCUUAUCCCUCGCCAAAUCCCUCGCUCUCUCCAUCCACACCUCCGACCUUGUCACCGCUGCAAUCUCCAUCUUCAUCGCCUUUGCCAUAUUCGACGUUGUCACUAUGCACCUUGACAAUAUCAUUGUCCUCUACUGCUUUAUCACUGUCCCUGACUCAGUCAACAGACACAUCCUUCGCAGCAUCAAGACCCACCUCCUCGUUACCAUGUCCAUUGUCAUCCACCCUAACCUAUACAGCCACAGCUACGCCAAUAUUAUUGCAGACAGUCUCGGACUAUAACACCUCAUGGAUCACCGCCAUCGCGGGGCUUGUCGGCUCUUUGAGUAUAGUCGUAUUGGUGAUUGUCCUUGCGUACUGCAGAAGACAGCAACGCAGAGCGCAAAAGGCUCGCCAGGACAGCAGUGGGCGGACACAGGGUAUUCUUCCUGGUGGACAUGAACCGUGCUGUGGCUAUAGUGAGAAUAGGUCAAGUUCCUACAGCUCAGUUUCUCUGGCGCCUAUAGCCAUAAGUUGGAUAGAGAGCGGAAGAAAGCUGGAUCGGAAGGACGUGGUGUUAAAGUGCGGGCACAGGUUGGCGGCCAUUGAGAUUCAGGGUAUACCUAUUGAUGGAGUCAAGUCGAAGUAUUACGAUAGUAACAAUAUCCCCGGACCGCUGGUUGUAGCUGACAGAAUUCAUGACGGAAACGAGCGUCGCCACCGAGCGCAUCCAAGAGACAGCGGCAUGGGACAAAAUCAAAAACAAUACCAACCGUUCAAGAAACAAUUGUUUGGAAUCCACGCGCGACCUUCGUUUGUUGCCAAGCCAUGGCAGCUAGCAUACGCACUAGGGGGCAAGACAGCAACUGUCGGGAUUCUUGAUUCGACAACAAAGGCCAUAGACAAUACCAAGGCUGCAGUUCCUGUCAGAGGAGAAAAGGGUGUCCCCCCUGAUCCGUUUCUGCCGUCAUCUGCGCAUCCGGAGCAUAGCAAGCUCGAACUGUCCUGUCUCUGGCAUCAUCCUCUCUUGCCAUCGCGCGCGCUACAUCCCUCGUGUUCUUCUCAUAAUAGCGAUCAAGGGGCGGAAACGAGCGAAAAGUGUACCCGAUCAAGACGCGCAGUUUCCACGCAACCAGGGCGUAAAAUGAGGCACCGCCAGUCUGCAGAUCUAUAUCAAGAGCAACACUGUCGCAGGGACCUCUACUCAGCCGAGCAGUCGGGUCAUUGGCUGAAGCAGCAUCGGUCAGGACUGAGAGACGAAUUACACUAUUUCCCUCAAUAUGGAAUCGUGCAACGGGAUCAUCAACGUAGCCGAGAUCACCAUCGCCACCAGCGUAAAGAGGAACGCAGGCGAGAAGGACAAUUACGGGCAAAGGAGGCUUGCUUCGUUUCUAUUGUAACGGACGAGGGUCCACUUGACCCCGCAACGAUCGAGAGUGGCACACUGCCAGUGCUGAGCCCAGGCCCGAGCCCAUGUUUGAUUAUGGGUUCUUCCCAACGCACAUCAAUAAUCUAG